UGUUAUUAUUAAUGUUAAUAAUAAUAUUUUAGGGGGAAAUGAGGCACAGACUUCUGGUAGGUAGCCAGUGAGUUAAGUGGAAUUUGCCUUCACUUGAUAAUAAGCUUUGUCUCUUUGCUGCUGUCACUUCAGCCAUAUGCUUUUGCCAUCCUUUCAUCCUGCCACUUGCUGUCAUAAAGCUUAGCAGGGAAAGUAAAUGGAGGCCACAGUAACAUACAGAAAUGUCUUGGCAAGUUUUGGCUGGUCAGUUGAAGUGUUUCUCCUUUUCCUGUGGGAAGGAGAUGAAUCAAGAAUGAUAUUUUCUCUCAUAUAUAGGGAUCAUUAUUUUUAGACCAGCAGCAGGUCUUAGCCUCUUCAUGUAAUGCGCUCAGACAGAGCCACCUGAGGCAUCAAGGUUUGCACGGUGUGGUGCUUAGGGUCAUAGAUGUUGAGUAUAACUUGUGUUUUGGAAAUGUGGAUGCACAAAGCACAGAAUUGUGUGGUAAUUUAAAGCUCAACGACUGCUGUUUGUCAGCUUCUGUUUCAGACAUGACAGAUGUAUAAAGUUUUGACUAAACUGAAUCCCAGCUUACAUAACUCUUAGUACAUACAGCUCUUGUGUGUUCAGCUUGGAGAUACGAGGCUGUGUCAUGAACUGUGGCCAGGGUACUGCUGAGUUUGGAGUGUGCCUGUGUUGCAGAAAGGAAUCUCUAUGUUCUCAGCAGCCAAGGACACUGCGUAUAGAGGGAAUCUUGGUACCCUUAAAGGUCAUCAGGGCUCAUUCUGGAAAACACCAGCUGAAAUGCAUGCCUAGGAUGUCAUCCCUCUGCUAUACAUAGCAAACUCAAAGCUUCUUACAGAGAAACCUCUUACCAGUCACUUUCCACAAAUGGUGCUUGUACCUAAAGGUACUUAGUGAAAAUCCUUGAGAGUAUUUAAUGCAAAAGCAGUUAGUCUCUCUGGUGUUUCUCAGGAGCCUGUGCACAUUGCUAGCAGGGAGAAGUGCCCAUCAGCUACAACACAGCGCUUAGGCCAGUUACUCAUUUUGUCUUGACCACCCCAAGAACUUGCCAAGAUGUGUGACAUGGGGGGGCUUGACAACCUGAUUGCCAACACGGCCUACCUGCAAGCAAGGAAGAGCGGAGAGGGAGACACCAAGGAGAUGCAAAAGAGACGUAAAAGCCUGUCGUUGCCCAAGCUGGAACAGUGCGGGGAGGUCAGACAGUCCCUUGUUGCUGAUUAUGACAACAUCUGUGAGCAGCAGCCCAUUGGCAAGAAAUUCUUUAGAGACUUCUUAGAGACGGUGCCAGAAUAUGUGGUAGCUAGGGACUUUCUGGAUGAGGUGUCAAACUGGGAGCUGGCAGAGGACAAUGUCAAGAGCAGUACCAUGGAGAAUAUGGUUAGCAAUUUUCUUAAGACAGGCUCCAAAAACUAUUUGGCUUUCAUGAGCUCUGACUUGUCCAGCAAAUGCCAGGCAGCUACUGAGAAAGACUAUGAGAAUAUCAUGCAGCUGGCCAAGGAGGAAACCAAAGUCUUUCUUAAAGACAAGCCCUUUCAGGACUUCCAGACCAGCCCCUUCUUUGACAAAUUCCUACAGUGGAAAGUUUUUGAGAAGCAGCCGGUAACGGAAAAAUACUUCUAUGAGUUCCGAGUGCUGGGCAAAGGUGGCUUUGGAGAGGUUUGUGCCAUCCAGGUGAAAAAUACUGGCAAGAUGUAUGCCUGCAAGAAACUGGAUAAGAAAAGAUUGAAAAAGAAAGGAGGUGAGAAGAUGGCACUACUAGAGAAAGAGAUCCUGGAGAAAGUCAACAGCCCCUUCAUCGUCACGCUAGCUUAUGCCUAUGAGAGCAAAAGCCACCUGUGUCUUGUCAUGAGCCUCAUGAAUGGAGGGGAUCUGAAGUAUCACAUCUACAAUGUAGGAGAAAGGGGUUUGGAGAUGAAGAGGGUCAUCUAUUACUCAGCUCAGAUCACCUGUGGGAUUCUGCAUCUCCAUUCCAUCAAGAUCGUGUACCGGGACAUGAAACCAGAGAACGUCCUUCUGGAUGAUAAUGGUAAUUGCAGACUGUCUGAUCUUGGAUUGGCAGUACAAGUCAAAGAGGGAAAAAGCAUCACUCAGAGGGCUGGGACAAAUGGUUAUAUGGCUCCAGAAAUCCUGAAGGAAGAAGAUUACUGCUAUCCUGUGGACUGGUUUGCUAUGGGGUGUAGUAUUUACGAGAUGGUUGCUGGAAGAACACCAUUCAAGGAUUACAAAGAAAAGGUCAAUAAGGACGAGGUGAAACGAAGAACUCUGGAAGAUGAGGUGAAAUUUGAACACGCCAACUUCACAGAAGAAGCUAAAGAUAUUUGCCGUCUGUUUUUGGCUAAGAAAAAAGAGAAUCGUUUAGGAAGCAGAAACGAAGACGAUGACCCAAGAAAACAUAAUUUCUUCAAAACAAUAAAUUUCCACAGGCUAGAGGCAAACCUCAUUGACCCUCCAUUUGUGCCAGAUCCAUCAGUUGUCUAUGCCAAAGAUGUUGCAGACAUUGCUGACUUCUCUGAAGUACGAGGAAUUGAGUUUGAUGACAAAGAUAAGAAGUUCUUCAAAAAGUUUGCCACAGGUGCUGUCCCUAUACCCUGGCAGGAGGAAAUUAUUGAAACAGGACUCUUUGAAGAGCUGAACGAUCCUAACAGAGUAGAGGGGGGUUAUGCAAAUGGAGGUGAGGCUAAGUCAGGAGUUUGUUUGUUGUUGUAAAUAUCACCUUGUUAACGAAGCAUAGAAACCACUUCAGAACCUUCCAUGCUCUGACGCUGGUUCGGGAUGCAGAAGAACCGUCAGCGUAACAUGGCAUUGGCAGGCUAUGUAGGACUACCAGCUGUAUAGACUAUAUAAUUUCCUUUGCUCUAACAAAGGAGAUAAUAUUCUUGUUUUAUUGGAGAUUUUAUCAGGAUGAAGGUCCAUAUUUCUCUUGAGAAACUUAGGAUGAUAGAAAUUCUGAAAUACAAAAAGAAGGAAUAGAGUGAAAAGACAACACCAUCUGAAAAUAACUGACUGCUGUUUUCAAGACAAGGAUUUGUUGGGUUGCUUUCUACUUUCCUGUUAUUUCUACUAACACUUCCUCUUUGUUCUAAAGUUCUCAGGAAAGAUUUUUUUUUUUAAUUUCUGAGUAAUUACUCUCAGUUAGACAAUGAAGCUCAUGUACCACGUCAAACUUGGAAUCUUACUGCUUAGCCAAUCUCUCUGUUGUUUUCUUGAUUUCUCUUAGCUUGUGGGUGGUUGAUUGUGAUAUGUCCAAACUGUCCUAAAAUAUAAAAGAAGGCUCUUCAUAUCACUAGGAGAUAGGACCAACAGGAUCAAACUCUUUACAAAGGUGAUUUUGACAGAAUGAAGUUAAACUUGCACCAAUUUAAUUGAAUAAAGCACUUAUUUAUUA